AUGCCUCCCAAGGGCGCCUCGACCGCCGUCAACCCGAUCAGAUUACAGACAGUGUCCCGGUUAAAGAUCAGAAAUCCGGACAAACAUGAGCCCAAUCCCUGCUUGGGACCGAUGACCGCGAUGCUGAAUUGCUGGGCAGCAGGCGCCGCCUCCGGAGGCUGCGGCCACCUCGAAAAAGCUCUGCGAGAUUGUAUGGACGCGCCGAAACCUCCGCCAAAGGGCAAAUCUACCAUCAACUACCAUCUCGGCCGUCUCUACCCGAACAUUUCCGGGCCGAAGAAGAAGACAUAA